GCAGUACAUAGUCAGCCAUCCCAAACAGAAACACUUGGGGUCCUUCUACUUCACGUGUGCGUCUGCUGCUGUGGCAUCGUGAGGAGGAAUCAUGCCGAAAUCAAAGAGGGAUAAGAAGAUUUCUUUAACUAAAACAGCCAAGAAGGGGCUGGAGUCAAAACAGAAGUUAAUUCAGGAGUUGCGGGAAUGUGUGGACACCUACAGAAACCUGUUCAUAUUCUCGGUGGCUAAUAUGAGGAAUAACAAGCUGAAAGACAUCCGGACAGCGUGGAAACACAGCAGAUUCUUCUUCGGCAAAAAUAAAGUCAUGAUUGUUGCUUUGGGGAAAAGAGAUACAGAUGAAUACAAAGAUAAUUUGCACAAGGUCGGCAAGCAUCUGCGUGGAGAAGUGGGUGUACUAUUCACAAAUAAAACAAAGGAGGAAGUACAAGAAUAUUUCAGUCAUUUCAAAGAGGUGGAUUAUGCUCGCGCAGGAAACCAGGCUCAGAUGGAUGUGACUCUGGAUGAGGGACCCCUUGAACAGUUUACUCACUCAAUGGAACCCCAACUGAGGCAAUUAGGGCUUCCCACUGCUCUAAAGAAAGGAGUGGUAACACUGCUGAAGGACUAUGAAGUUUGUAAAGAGGGGGACACGCUCACUCCAGAGCAGGCUCGUAUUCUGAAACUCUUUGGUAUUGAGAUGGCAGAAUUCAAGGUGCAGAUCAAAUGUAUGUGGAACUCAGAAACGGGCGAGUUUGAGAACUUUGCUGGCGAGGAAGAGUCUAUGCAAGAUGAGGAAGAUGAUAAUGAUGAUGAAGAUGAUGCAGAAUGAAACUUCUGCAAGGCAGGAGAAUUUUUAAAAAAAAUCCUGCUUUCAAAAGCAGGCGGACAUUUAAUUUAGCUUUCAUCCUGACAGCCAGUGUUGCACUCUGUAGUCUUUCUGGUCUUUUUAUACCUACAAAACAUGAACUUCUGUCCUUCAUCUUGAAUUUUAGUUUUGGACAAUGUGGACUGUAUUCAAAGGAUUAAAUCGUUUGGGAUGUCAUUGUUCUGCCAAGUUCCCUCAGCACAAUAAGGGACUGAUAUUGUGUAGAAUUCCCUUUCCUUUCACUGUUCAUGUUAAACCAACACUCAUGAAUAAUAUACACGUUUUGUUGAUGUGACAAAUUUAAUCCAGAGUCUUCAGAAAGUUA